GAAGGUUCUGCUUAUUUCUUCUGCCUGGAAGACCGAGCAAUUCUUUGUCGAAACUGCGAUUUUUCCGUCCACACAGCAAAUCCAUGUGUUUCAAUCCACCAGAGAUUCCUUCUCACCGGAGUUCAAGUUGGUCUCGAAUCCACCGCAUCAGCUCCAUCGAUCUCAAAGGACCAAUCCAGUUCUGCUAAAGUCCCUCUCGAACCAUCCUCCAAUCACCCCAAAUCAAGCCUACUUGCUACAUCCCAUUCUGAAGAGCUUAAUGAAGUUUAUUCAACUGAAAUCACUAAAGAUGGAAGAAUCGGGCCCCUCGCAACAUUUUUCGGAGGAGCCCCAAUGGCUGCAAGUAUAACCGAAUGGCCCCUGGACGAGUUCUUUAGAUUCACGGAUUUCAACCAAAACUACGAAUUUACAGAUAAUGGCUCAUCUAAGGUUAUUCCUGAUUUCCUCAACAUAAUUUAUAAUAUCUCCAUAUAA